ACAACCCUUCACCACCAAAUAAUUGGCCCGCCAAACUUUAACCCCUAAAAUGAAAGUUCAUAAAAUGGCUUAAGUAACAACCAUAAUAAUGUUGGCUACUAUACCAAGUGAAGAUCAUGUUGGCGGGCAGCAGCCAGAGACAAGCGCAGCCGAGGCAACAACGCCAAGGGUGUUGCUCAUCUUAGCCGCGAUUUUGGAACGUCUAGUGACUAGGAAUGAUCCACUUAUAGAGCAUAAUGGUCGUAACAACUUGAUUCAUUAUGUUAGUCCUAGGCCAUUGGCGGCGGGUGAGCUAGGAAUGAGCUUGAAGGUGUUCAAUGGGGUCCGAGCGCCAAACAUAAGUAUAGCCAAGUACUUGGAGAGGCUAUUCAAGUACACAAAUUGUAGUCCAUCUUGUUUUGUGGUUGGAUAUGUGUACAUAGAUAGAUUGGUGCAUAAACAUCCCGAGUUGCUCGUUAUUUCACUUAACGUGCAUAGGUUGCUCCUCACAAGUGUUAUGAUCGCCUCUAAGAUGCUUGACGAUGUGCAAUACAACAACGCCUUCUAUGCAAAAGUUGGAGGAGUAAGCAACUCAGAAUUAAACAGAUUGGAGCUGGAAUUACUUUUCUUAUUGAAUUUUGAAGUCACGGUUAGUUCACCCAUAUUUCAGAGCUAUUGUUGGUACCUUGAGAAGGAAGAUUUGAGAAUUGGUUCUACACUUAAAAGAGUUCAGCAACCACUAGCUUUUGAUAUCAAAGAUGAUGUGAAUGGUAUUUGAUUGCAAUGAAAAACACAAAGUGCUUCAAUUUUAGGUAGAAAAGUAUACAAGACAGUUGUAUCUUUUUUUUUUUUUUCUUCUAACUUUUACUAUGUAACAUAUAUUUUUAUAUUUUAUUUAUCAUUAAUUAAUUUAUAAGGUGAGGAGAAAUAUUCUACCUAGACCUUAACUUUUA